AUGGAGCUCCGUUCUGGCUGUGGCCUGGGUACCUGCCAUCACGCCCCUGCUCAAGGCUCUUCCCUGGCUCUCACCACCGUCAUCACCACCCUGGACUUUGUUGUUCAUUUUCCUCCCAGUCAUCCGUCCUCCUGCAUCCCUCUGCCUGCCAUUCCUUUGCGAGCCCCUUCACCAUCUCUGCUCCACCUCAUCCUUGCCUCCUUGUCUUCAUGUCCAUAUGUUCUCACAGGUGCCCACGGAGUCAGAGAGGAGCCCCAGUUUGUGACGGCCCGCGCAGGGGAGACCGUGAUUCUGGGAUGUGACGUGGCUCACCCACUCAACGGCCAGCCCUACGUGGUGGAGUGGUUCAAGUUUGGAGUGCCCAUCCCCUUCUUCAUCAACUUCCGCUUCUACCCUCCUCACGUGGACCCCGAGUACGCCGGCCGAGCCAGCCUGCAUGGCAAGUCAUCUCUACGUAUUGAGAGGGUUCGUUCGGAAGACCAGGGCUGGUACGAGUGCAAGGUCCUGAUGCUGGAACAACAGUACCACACCUUUCACAACGGCAGCUGGGUGCACCUCACAGUCAACGCUCCGCCAACUUUCACGGACACACCGCCGCAGUAUGUGGAGGCCAAAGAGGGGGGCAGAAUCACUCUGAGCUGCACGGCCUUCGGGAAUCCCAAACCUUCAGUCAGCUGGCUCAGGGAGGGAGACCCCGUACAGGACAGCAGCAAGUAUAAGGUGAGUGAUGGCAGCCUGACGAUUGUUUCCAUCAGCCGUGAGGACAGGGGAGCAUACACAUGCCGAGCGUACAGCGAGCAGGGAGAGGCCAUCCAUACUACACGCCUACUCGUCCAAGGACCCCCAUUUAUUGUUUCACCGCCAGAGAACAUAACCGUAAACAUAUCCCAGGAUGCAUUCUUCACUUGUCAGGCUGAGGCGUAUCCUGGCAACCUAACGUACACCUGGUUCUGGGAGGAAGAUAACGUCUUCUUCAAGAAUGAUCUAAAGCGCAGAGUGAGUAUUCUGAUCGACGGUUCGCUCAUCAUCUCCCAGGUGAAACCUGAGGAUGCUGGGAAAUACACCUGCAGCCCGAGUAACAGCCUUGGGCGCCCACCUUCUGCAUCAGCGUACCUGACAGUGCAUUACCCUGCCCGUGUUGUAAACAUGCCGCCUGUUAUUUACGUGGCUAUCGGACUGCCGGGGUACAUCCGCUGCCCGGUGGAUGCCAACCCGCCUGUCACUUCAGUGAAGUGGAAAAAGGACAGCCUGCCUCUGCGGAUAGAGAAGUACCCUGGCUGGAGCCAAAUGGAAGAUGGGAGCAUUCGAGUGUCUGAGGUGACAGAGGACUCUCUCGGCACCUACACCUGCGUGCCUUACAAUAGCCUCGGUACAAUGGGACAGUCCCCUCCCGCUCCUCUGGUGCUAAAGGACCCACCCAAAUUUCUGGUGGUUCCUGGAGGGGAGUACAGGCAGGAGGCUGGUCGAGAGCUGGUCAUCCCCUGUGAGGCAGAAGGAGACCCAUUCCCCAAUAUUACAUGGAGAAAGGUAGGGAAGCCCAGCAGAAGCAAGCACAACGUCCUACCACGAGGCAGCUUACAGUUCAAAUCUCUCAGCAAGGAGGACCAUGGGGAGUGGGAGUGUGUCGCCUCCAAUGUCGCCACGAGCAUCACUGCCAGCACGCACCUCCUAGUAAUCGGCACAAGCCCACACGCUCCCGCCAAAGUCCACGUUUCGGUCUCGACGACCUCGGCCAACGUCUCGUGGGAACCCGGUUACGACGGCGGCUUUGAGCAGACAUUCUCAGUCUGGUACGGCCAUGUGAUGAAGAGGGAGCAGUUAGGACCGCAUGACUGGCUGUCCAUGCCUGUGCCCAGCGGGCAGCACUGGCUCCUGGUGCAAGGCCUGGUGUCCGAGACGGCCUACCAAUUCAGUGUCCUGGCCCAGAACAAACUGGGGAUGGGCCCGUUCAGCGAGGUCGUCACUGUGAACACACUAGGUUGUAGGGAUAGGAUUACAGCUGUUAUUCCGACUCCUAACACUGCAGGAACUGCGAGACUAGUCCGUAUCGAGGGAAAGAUGAAUGCAGCAAUGUACAGAGACAUCCUUGAUGAUAACCUGCUCCAGAGCGCUUGGGACCUCAGACUGGGGCGAAGGUUCAUCUUCCAACAGGACAACGACCCCAAGCACACAGCCAAGAUAACAAAGGAGUGGCUACGGGACAACUCUGAGGCCUGGUAUGAGUUCAGAGUGAUGGUGGUUAUGGAGGACAUUGUCAGUGAGCCCAGUAAUGUAGUGGGAGUCUCUAGCACAGACUACUUUCCGCCGCCUGAGGUGGCAGACGAGGGGCUGGCGCGGCCGGUGGUGGCAGGCAUUGUGGCCACCAUCUGUUUCCUGGCAGCAGCCAUCCUCUUCAGCACGCUAGCAGGCUGCUUCGUCAACAAACAGAGACGGCGUAAGCUCAAGCGGAGACGAGAUCCCCCUCUGUCUAUAACACACUGCAGAAAGAGCGUGGAGACUCCAUUUCUCCCUCCCAAGCACUUGAACCACUGCCUGUAUGUCACCAACACACCCUUGCACACCAGAGUAAAACCCCCACACCCUUUGCAUCUUCAUCCGGAACCUCCCCUUCCUCCCCCUCUUGUUCUUCCUCCUAGUGCCCUCCAGCCCUCCACCCUUCAAGUAUCUCCUUACCCUGGUAUCCUGCAGCUGGAGGCCCCAAAGAGCCGCCCAGGCAAGUCUCCCAGCAAGGUCAAGCCUCAUGGCCUUCCAGCCAAGCGUUUACCUAUGCAAGAGGCACAGAGUCUAGGGCAGCUAAGACACACAAGCCACGGUAUGGGUGUACCGGUAUUGCCUUACCCUGACCCAGUGUCUCACAUGGUUGGCCCAAGCUCAUUCGGAAGCCUGGAUACCCGAUGGUACGAGCUUACACCCAGGCUUAGCCCAAGGCAGCCCCGUAGGAUGGAACCCAGCAUGGUAGUUCUCCAGCCAUCCCGCCUCUCACCUCUAACUCAGAGCCCUAUUAGCUCUCAUGAAGGCUCACCGGAGAUUGUAGUACGCCCCAGGCCCCGUCCCAGUGUCAUCCAACCCCCGAUCCCUCCAGAGAUGUCUGAGAUCACCCUUCAGCCUCCUUCUUCAGCUAGCUUCUCUAGAAGGUCCACCCCCUCCUCCUCUCCUGCUCAAGGCCAAGGCAGCCGAAGAGCAAGUCCCAGCUACCGAUCCCACAUGGCAUUUGCCACCUCAGCAGCAAGCUAUCCGUCACAAUCCCCUUCACCUCCUGUAGAAAGCAGCAACAUUUUUGGGCAGAUGCCAACCCAGAGGAGGACUGAGGAGGAGAUCCUUCCAUCAGAACCCUCUCCACCCCAGUUAUCAGCUUCAGGAAAACGUCGAGGUGCACCAAGUGGCUCUGCAGGGUCUGAGAGGAUAGAAGCACUGAGAUAUCAACGAGUGAAAAAAGCCAAGAAAAUCGGCAUCAACAAUAACAACUCCAAGACCAGACGAAAGAUGGGUGUGCCCCCCUCUCAGAUCCAGCAGCCCCACACCUCUCAGGUCCUCCAGCCAGAAGAAGCUCUCUACCUCCGCAAGAAGAAGAAAAAGUUGACUCGCCAGGACCCGUAUGCCCGCUUUUCCGCUCUGCUGUACCGCCGCCCGCCCCGAGAAGACCAGAAAGCCAUUUUGGCUAGUAUGGACACAGCAGACCCAGACCACGCCACUCUCCUCUGAAGUCCCAGAGAUUACAGACCACACUCUCCCCAAACUCUGAGCUCCUUCCACCUUUGCUCAGCCAGCCAACGUCUUCACGUCCACCCCUGAAUCCAAUGAAACAGCAACCCAGCGCCUGUCUCUUUCCUCUGUGAAGACCCUUGGGGGAAAAUCUCUUUGGGAUGAGAGGGCUAUUCCCAGUGGCCAAAGGUUUAUAUUGUGUUUCUAUCAUUCAACGGUGCUUCUUUUCUACAGAAAGACAUGUAUUUUCACUGUCUGAACAGACAUACCUGGGCAAAUGUACAUUUUAGCGUGCUAGCCAUUGUCCAAGGGGCAUGUAAUGGCCGUUAGACGAGAUGUGGCAUGUUCUGUGUCUUAUCACUUGUACAGAUGUGCAGUCAGCUUGUACAUUUGAAAAAUGUCUAAAGCUGCAUCAAAUGGCUGAAAUGAUACUGUUUCUUCAGCCUGGGAAAAUAAUUCAAAUCAAAAAGCAAGUGAAGGUGAACCCUUGACCUCCAACUGACAGGUUAAAGGGGUUAUAGGUAUGUGGUUCAUGGCUAAGCUCCACCCAAUGGCCAAUCACCACAUAUAGGCAUUUUAACAGCCUACGUAAGGUGCUAUAAAAAGUCUUCAGACUGAACUCUGUUAAUAAUAUAUCAUUAAUUUGAUCUUCCAGCAGAUAAUGGCUGCUGCUUAUAGGUGCCGUAACAUUAGCGAAAUUUCAACAAAAUUUUGUGAGCAAAAACGUUUGUUGUCUAUUAUCAAUAAUGUAGCGAUGCAUGAAGCACCACUCACACCGAAGUCACUUUCAAACCAAGCAGCUUUCUGUUAAAGGGGUGGUUGACUGUUUUUUUUCUAGGCUU